AUGGCGGAGGACACGGUGACGGUGAAACAGGAAAUCAAGACGGAGGUCAAGUCGGAGCAGGGGGCGGCCCCGGCGCCCAACGUGCCGCGUCUGAACGGAGCCAUGUUCUUUCGUCGUCUCCAGCGUCUCUACAACUCGUGGAAGGAACACAAGAACGACUCUGCGUGGGGCGGCGUGGACUCGUUCUGCGUGCUUGCGGGCCGUGCACAGCAGGAAGAGUCUGGUUACCGCAAGUCUGCAGUGCUACAGAUCUAUCUCCUGGGGUUCCUGGAGUUCCCCGAGACUCUGAUGGUGUUUACGCCUCAGAAGCUCUACGUUCUCACAGGGGGUAAGAAAUACACGAUGCUGGAGGCUGUAGCCAAGGAGAACGCGACGUCGGACGUGAAGCUGGAGCUGCUCAAACGCAACAAAGCCGACGGUAACCAGGCCAACUUUAAGAUCCUGACAGACGCCAUCACGGCCAGUGGCGCCAAGACUGGCGUUCUCACGAAGGAGAACCCACUUGGAGAGCUCGUAGCGAGCUUCAAGAAGGCCCUGGAAGCCACAGAUGCAGAGCAAGUGGAGGUGGGCAAAGGGAUCGAGACGGUGCUGACAGUUAAAGAGACCGAAGAACUGGAGAACAUCCGCUGGGCUGGCGCUCUGUCCAGUAAAGUAUUUAAGCUCAAGUUCAUGGAGGACAUGGAGCAGAUCAUCGACGACGAGAAGUCCAUCAGCCACGAAAAGAUCUCGAUGGGCAUUGAAGACGUGUUCGAUAACCCAUCCAAGAUCAAGGUGACGAUCGAUCCAGUGGACAUCGAGCCGUGUUACCCUCCAAUUGUCCAAUCCGGAGGCAAAUACGACCUCAAGCCCAGUGCGCAGAGCACGAAGGACUCCAUGAAGUACGACGUCAUCAUCUGCUCGCUCGGAGCGAGAUACAAGGGAUACUGCUCCAAUGUGGGGCGUACAUUUUUCAUCGACCCCACCAGUUCCAUGGAGAAAUCCUACGAAUUACUGCGUGAGGCCCACGAGAUGUGCGUCAAGGAGCUGCAGCCAGGGAAAAUCGUCGGAAAAGUGGUGGAAAAAGUGCGCAAGUUCAUCCAGACGAGGAACGCGACGCUGUUCGGUAAGCUCACGAAGAAUCUGGGCUUCGGCAUUGGACUGGAGUUCCGCGAGUCGUGCAACCUUCUCACUACCAAGAACCAGACGCUGAUCAAGGAAGGGAUGGCGUUUAAUGUGGCCUUUGGCUUCAAUGACAUCCCGAUCCCGGAGUCGCAGCGCAAGAAGAAGAAACUGGACAGCUACGCGGUGUUCCUUGCCGACACUGUCGUUGUGCUAGAGAACGAGACAAAGUACUACACGAAGGUGCCGAAAGCUUGGGGUAAAGUGCGCUACGACAUCGAAGACAACGACGAAGAGAAAGAAAAGUCCAAGAAGAAGUCGAGCAAGAGCAAGGACGGCUCCGUCCAUGGAUCUGUGGACACGUCGCUGUCUGGCACACGCAACCAGGUGCUGCAGUCGCGUCUGCGUGACCAACAGCGACAGCUGGAAGGCAAGGAGACGGACCAGGAGCGUCGUGAUCGUCACCAGGCCGAACUGAUGCGUAGGAAACGUGAGGAAGCCAUGCGUCGACUGGAAGAGCAGAACAGCGACAAGUCAGAUGACCACAAGAAGGAGAAGAGCAUCAAGGCGUAUCCAGGCCCGCAGGACUACCCGUCGGAGCUUCGUGAGCGCCAAGUCAUGGUCGAUAUGCGUGCCGAGGCUGUCAUUCUGCCCAUUAACGGUGUGCCCGUGCCGUUCCACAUUUCGACGAUCAAGAACGUGAGCAAAUCUGAGGAAGACAAGGCCACGUACCUGCGUAUCAACUUCUUCGUGCCAGGUACUUCGCUGGGACGUGACGUGCUUCCGGCCAUGGCGAACGCGAUCACGAAGUACCCUAACAAGAUGUUCAUCAAGGAGCUGGGCUUCCGCUCCUCAGACGCGCACAAUCUGAACAACCAGUUCCGAUUGAUUAAGGAGCUCCAGAAGCGUGUGAAGCAGCGCGAACAGCGCGAACAGGAAGAGUCCGACCUGGUUGUCCAAGAAGACUUGAUCCUAACGCGUGACCGCCGUGUGCCGCGUCUCAUUGACCUCUCGGCUCGACCGCACCUGACGGGACGAAAGACGCACGGCACACUGGAAGCGCACUCGAAUGGCGUGCGUUUCACGACGAACAAGAACCAGAAGCUCGACAUUCUGUACGCCAACAUCAAGCACGCGAUCUUCCAGCCUUGCGACAAGGAGCUGGUGGUGCUCAUCCACUUCCACUUGAAGAAUCACAUUAUGAUCGGCAAGAAGAAGCAGAAGGACGUGCAGUUCUACACGGAAGUCAUCGAAGGCUCGCAGACGCUGGACAACCGACGACGGUCCAUGUACGACCCGGAUGAGCUGGACGAAGAGAACCGCGAGCGCGCGCUGCGUGAGAAGCUGAACACGACGUUCAAGGAGUUCUGUCACAAGAUGGAGAGCGUGUCGGAGAGACAUGGCAAGCCAGUGGUGUUCGAUAUUCCGUACCGUGAACUGGGCUUCAUGGGUACACCGUUCAAGGAGAUGGUGUUGCUGCAGCCAUCCGUGCACUGUCUCGUCAGUCUGACGGAUAUGCCGUUCUUCAUUAUCUCGCUGGACGAGGUGGAGCACGUGCACUUUGAGCGUGUCAUGUUCUCGUCCAAAAACUUUGACGUCGUGUUCGUCUUCAAGAAUUUCGAAACCAUGCCUACGCGUAUCAGUGCCGUGUCCAUGAGCGAGCUGGAGCGGAUCAAGGAGUGGCUGGACGACAUUGAUAUUUGCUUCACUACGGGUACUGCGAACCUGAACUGGAAGAGUAUCAUGUCUACGAUCAAGAGCGACCACCGCUUUUAUCUGGACACUGACGAUGAUGGAGUGCCCAAGCCAGCAGGCUGGGAGUUCCUCAAGAUGGAAGGCUCGGAUGACGAAGAUGAUGAUGAGGAAGAAGCGGGAGAUAGCAAUUACUCUGGGGCUUCUGAAGAGGACGACGAAGAGAGCGACUCGAGCGAUUCUGACGGCUCGGACUGGGAGUCCAUUGUGGACGAGGAUUCGUCGUCAGAGGAGCCGUCAGAGGAUGAGGACGCGCCGUCCUGGGACGAUCUUGAGAAGGAAGCACAGGCGUCUGACCGAAUGCGCAACGAGAAGCGUGGUCACGAGGAUGAGGAUGAAGAUUAUCGUCGCUCGUCUAAGAAGAAGAAAUCGCGUCGCCAUUAAGCGCAAGACUAGUGCUCAGCGCCUACGUAGCGCGUGGGGCUUUCGUAAACUUCUACACCUGACAAAUACUACUCUGUGAACGGCACUG